CUGCAUUCUGAUUCUGCCGAGAGUGGGGAGAAAAUGGAGUCUUAUAUGAUAUCCCCUGCGAGUUCUCCGUAAGACGAAACGGGAUUUAAAUUACUCUGCCGUGGGUUUAUAAUCACGUAGAAAUCAAGGCAGCUCGGAGUUUAUCGGUUGUUGAAACUUUUCUUGGAUUUAUAUUCUUCUUCCACUUCUCUCACAUGGCAAAGAUGUGCACCAGGCUGGCAUGGAGCAAGGCCGUCCUUCUGACCCCCCACAAGACCUGGGACGAGGGGGAACGUGACCCGUAAACUGGGGUCGUGGCGAUGGCAUCCGAGUAGCUUAGCUUAGCGUAGGUUUAGCGUAGCAUUUAGAGUAGUGUUUUUUAGGACCGCAGAACUUGGCAGGAUGGGUAUCAACAGAGAGUGAGCCAUCAGGACUUGAGCUCCAAUCUCUUCGCAGAUCUAUCCCACCGCUGUGUGUGUGAGCGUGUUAUCUAUUUAGGUCAGACAGUUCAAAAGCCCAGCUGAGAGAGACAGUGCGUGUGUGUGUGGGAUUUACAGAGAUAUUUUGUGUGUGUUUGUGUGUGUGGGGGUACGUGCAUGUGUUUGUGUGUGGAGAAUAUGUCUGUGAGGUGUGUGUCUGUAUGAGCGAGUGAGUAAGGAAAAAGUGUGUGUGUGUGUGUGUGUGUGUUUGCUUGUGGGGCGAGCGAGUUCUCACUUGAUUCGCAAGAGUAUCCACUGGUGGCACGCUCGCCGAUCAGGCUACUUCAAACAACUGAUAUCACCACAUCCAAAGACUAUGAGGCCCAAGACCUUCCCUGCGGCGCCGUACGUGGGCAACACGCGGCAACGCCUGCAGGAGAUCAAGGAGGGCCUGAAGCAGCCGGCCAAGCUGGUCAGCCAGGCGCUGCACGGGGGCAGCUCGCGAGGCGAGGGGGGCCGCGGCACCGACUGCAAGGGGGGCAAGGACGGCAAGGACCCCGGGGGCAGGCAGCAGCAGCUGCGCGCGCCGCAGAAGUUCAACAACUAUCAGAACGCGCUGCGCGAGAUCCGCAAGUCCCUCAUGCCCUUCGCCAACGAGUCCGGCACCGGCGGACACCCUGGUGGGGACGUCAACCGGCAGAUGCUGCAGGAGCUGGUCAACGCAGGCUGUGACCAGGAAAUGGCCGUGCGUGCGCUGAAACAAACAGGAAGCCGAAACAUCGAAGCGGCUCUGGAGUACAUCAGUAAGAUGGGCUACCUGGACCCUCGCAACGAGCGCAUCGUCCACGUCAUCAAACAAACCUCCCCGGGAAAAGGAGGUAUGCCAAACUCAAUGGACCACCGGCCAUCAAUUGAGGGUAACAGUGACGGUGCCAUGCCUCCUUAUCACCAGAUGGGGGCGCCAAUGUAUGAGGGGGCUCCUUACGGACCAGAGGGUGACAUGGCCCGGCCUUACAUGGGUGGCCCUCCUGUCAUGAACUACAUGAUGACCCAAUCUGGCUCUGCGCAGGGCUCGGCCAUGGUCAACCCCAUGGGGCGCCCGCCCAGUAUGGGAGCGUAUCCUCCUGGCAUGCCCCCUCAGAGCGGCCCGGGAAACCCCAUGUACCCACGGGCCGCCCAGCAGAAGCCAUACCCUGGCGGCAUGGAGCCGGCCAUGAUGGGCUAUGCUGUGUCAGGCCAGCCGCUGCAGAUCCAGCCCCAGCCACCGGGGGCUCCGGGCCCGGCCCCGCACUACGACUACGGCCAUGGCCGGCCCCACAUGAUGGAGACCACGGGCUAUCCUGUGCAGCGGAGCGCCUCGUUCCAGAACAAGAUGCCAAUUGCGCCGCCGGACAACUACGUCAACAUGCAGGGCAAAGGGGCCAUGGGCGGCCAGAACGGCCAGUACCCCGGCAAUCUCUACCUGCAGCCGCACUCCCACCCGCGCCAGUCCAGUCCGACCUCGCACCAGGUCCACAUGAUGUCCCGCUCGCCUGGAGGUGCGGCCGCAGCCGCCUGGCGCCAUGGGCCCCGGACUUCUCAGGACAUCCCCCAGGGCCUCCUGACGCCCUCGCGGGCCAGCCUGAACCUGGACCUGUACGAGCAUAUGUGGAGCGGACCCGCAGGGCCGGACGGGGGCGCCCCGCCUCAGGCCCGGCAGCCCCAGUCUCAGGGGCCCUUCCGGGGGGAGGUGCGCGUGCCUAGCCGCACCAACUCCUUCAACAACCACCAGAAGGUGAACGUCAGGCAGGCCAUGCCCGCGCCAGGCGGAGUCGCCGGGGGGAAGCAGGACCCCGGCAUGCCGCCCCCCAACACCAUCACUGCCGUGACCUCUCCGCCUAUCCAGCAGCCAGUGAAGAGCAUCCGGGUGAUGAGGCCUGAGCCCAAGACUGCUGUGGGUCCGUGCCACCCUGGCUGGCUGGCCUCCCAGAACCAGGACGGGCCCGAGGCGCAUGGGUACAUGGCGGAGGAGCAGUACGCCCGGGAUUCCGUCCAGGAGCCGCGGUGCCCACCUCCGCCGUACCCCAAAACCCUGCUCCCAUCCGGGGUAGCCUCCGAGCAAGCGUCCCUGGAAGGAGCAGGCAUGUGUGGAGCCCCCGAGCUCCCUGCCCAGGGCGGCAGGGCCAUCCAGAGUGGACCUCCCGUGGCGACAAAUGCAGAGGAGACCCACAAAGAGAAGGGCAAGAAGGGCGAGAAGGCUGUGAAGGACAAGAAGCAGAUCCAGACCUCGCCGGUGCCCGUGAGGAAGAAUGCUCGCGACGAGGAGAAGCGGGAGUCGCGCAUCAAAAGCUAUUCGCCCUUCGCCUUCAAGUUCUACAUGGAGCAACAUGUGGAGAACGUGAUGAAGACGUACCAGCAGAAGCUCAACCGCAGGCUGCAGUUGGAGCAGGAGAUGUCCAAGGCUGGCCUAUCGGAAGCCGAGCAGGAGCAGAUGAGGAAGAUGCUCAACCAGAAGGAGUCCAACUACAACCGCCUGCGCCGUGCCAAGAUGGACAAGUCCAUGUUCGUCAAGAUCAAAACCCUCGGCAUCGGUGCCUUCGGCGAGGUCUGCCUCACCCGCAAAGUGGACACCGGAGCCCUGUAUGCCAUGAAGACCCUCCGCAAGAAAGAUGUGCUUAACCGCAACCAGGUGGCCCACGUCAAGGCUGAGAGGGACAUCCUGGCCGAGGCGGACAACGAGUGGGUGGUGCGUCUAUACUACUCCUUCCAGGACAAGGACAGCCUGUACUUCGUGAUGGACUACAUCCCCGGCGGCGACAUGAUGAGCCUUCUCAUCCGCAUGGGCGUGUUUCCAGAGGAGCUGGCGCGCUUCUACAUCGCCGAGCUGACGCUAGCCAUCGAGAGCGUGCACAAGAUGGGCUUCAUCCACCGAGACAUCAAACCCGACAACAUCCUCAUCGACCGCGACGGCCACAUCAAGCUUACUGACUUUGGCCUGUGCACCGGAUUCCGCUGGACACACAACUCCAAGUAUUACCAGAAAGGAAGCCACGUAAGGCAGGACAGCAUGGAGCCCAGUGACUUCUGGGACGACGUGUCGAACUGCCGCUGCGGCGACCGGCUGAUGACGCUGGAGCAGCGGGCGAUGCGUCAGCACCAGCGCUGUCUGGCCCACUCUCUGGUUGGCACGCCCAACUACAUCGCCCCUGAGGUUCUGCUGCGCAAAGGAUACACCCAGCUCUGUGACUGGUGGAGUGUGGGCGUGAUCCUGUUUGAGAUGCUGGUGGGACAGCCGCCAUUCCUCGCUCCCACUCCCACAGAAACCCAGAUUAAGGUGAUCAACUGGGAGAGCACACUGCAGGUGCCUGCUCAGGUGAAGCUGAGUCCCGAGGCGGUGGACAUCAUCAGCCGCCUGUGCUGCUCGGCCGAGGACCGCCUGGGCUCCAACGGCGCCGGCGAGAUCAAGGCGCACCCCUUCUUCGAAGAGAUGGACUUCUCCAGCAACCUGCGCCAGCAGCCGGCGCCCUACCGGCCACGCAUCGCGCACCCCAUGGACACCUCCAACUUCGACCCCGUGGAGGAGGAGGGCGGCCCGGGCGCCUGGAGCGACAGCGGCGACGGUCGGGCUUACGACACACUCUACUCGCCGCACAGCAAGCACCCGGAGCACGCCUUCUACGAGUUCACCUUCCGCCGCUUCUUCGACGACAACGGAUGUCCGUUUCGUUACCCCAAGCCCCCCGAGGAGGCCCAGAGGAGUGGCGGAGGCGGUGGCAGGGGCGGUGGUGGUGGUGGAGGGAGCGGGGGGGUCGCGGCUGGUGGGGUUGGGCCCCAAGAUGAGGCAGGGGGAGAAGGGGAGGAAGAGGAUGAGGAGGAAGAGGAUGAGGAGGAAGAGGAGCACGGGGAGGGGUGUGAGCCUGUAUACGUGUAGAGACGCAGUGCGAACGCCGCGCUACCAAAGGCCUCAUCACCUCACCGUGAUCAUCCAGCACCUUUCUCUAUCAUUGUUAUGUCAGGAACGGGUGUAAUUUUGUGUGUGUGUAUUUUUUGUGUGUGUGUGUGUUUGUGUGUGUUCUGUGUUCUAGAAAUGGGUAGAGACCGAAAGAGAAAAUCAGGAAAUGGAGGGAGAGGGAGAAACGGAGGGAGAGAGGAAGCUUAAGAGACUACCGGACCAUCAGACAUUUAUUUCAUUUCACUGCUCCUACCGUCAUCAAUAGAACCAUACAUGUGAACAGUGAACAACAGCAGGUUAGAGUGCGCGGACAUUGAACCUGGGACCAAGACUGCAGACUGAAUAAUAUGCUAACUGACUUGCACAUAAGCACAGUUUCACAAAGAUCAGGUCAUUAGCUUGAAAAAUUAGUUUUUAGAUCAGCUUUUUCAGUGUGUGUGUUUGUGUGUGUGUGUGUGUGUGUGUUUGUGGGGGGGAAAGAAAGAGAAAAACAGACUGUGUCCACACCACACAGAACCUCUGGAAUUGGACCUUACUGGUCACUGCUCUGCAUACAUCAGGGGCAGUGUGUUGCCCAUGACUUGGUCACCUUGUCCAACACGGAUCACAUUUUUUAUGGCAAGUUCCAUUCCUUCACUCUCCAGUCUGCUUAGGAAGGCCACUUUCGAGGAGCCUUCGAAAGACCCUUAAACAAAGAACGUUAAUGCACACCCAGAACCACUUCCUCAUCUUCUCCUGUUGUCGAUGACCGUUCCUGAUGCAGCCAUUCCAAAGUAGUGGAAAAGUAACUGUGAUGUUGGGCGUCAGAGAGAAAUGAACAUUUGUGAGAUGGGGAUAAGAGGAUGGAAGUUGUGUUUUAUUUUUUUGUAUUCUAUUGCUAAUAUCGUGUCCCAUCGACGUAGGCAGAAACUGAUAGGUUGAUCCAGAUCUUGCACAGCUGAAUCUACCAAAUAUAUAUGCACACACACACACACACACACACACACACAUACACACACAUACAUAUUUACUUACAAAUACAUAUUUACUUACAAAUACACCUUCCUAUGUUCACAUGUGCAUCUUACCAUCAUUUUAGGUAGUAAAAGCCAUUUAUGUUUGCCAAUGUUAUGUUAACAUUGCUUCUGAAUUGUUUUGACGUUCCCAAAGGAAAUGGUUUCAAGUCACUAAGUAAUAUUUCAAGCCAGAGGACCUAAUACGAUUGGGGUCACUUUCCUUGACCUGCAAAAAUAUUUGUGGCUUUGAAAUGCCAGCCAUUUUGAAUAUUUGUUUGACACCCUCUGGUGGACAAAAGAGGCAUGAUUUUGUACAGUUGGCUGACUUUAUGAGCAAAACAAACCUCAUAUGAAAGACUGUCACUCACUAUGUGUUUUUGUUUUUGAUGUGCAGUCUCCAUUUUAAGGUCGGAAUCGCAGUGUUCAACACUUCCCUGAAAAGCUUUUUUUUUUUAGUUUACCACAUAAGCCUACCACAGAAAACCAUCAUCUCCACAUGGGUGGAGUUUUACAGAAUUGUUUAUUCUGAUUUUUAGGUCACUGUCCAUUCUACUCAUCUGUCUGAGCUCCUAGUUUCUGUUACCUUCUCAGGCCAUAUAUGUUAAAGCAUAGGCCUCUAUAAAAAUUUACUUUUGUCUAAACGUUGAGGAUUACACUAAUAAUUGGCCCCACAACACUCAUAAACAUGGCUAGAAAGCCUGUCUUGUUCAACCCUGGAUGUGUUUUGACCUCACAAGCACUGUUAUACCACAGCCUUGCUUAGCAUGCUAACAUGCUAACCACCUUAGGCUAAAACUUUCGUCAUCCUCACUAUGACAGUAUUAAGGAUGGGAGGUGCAGUUGUAAAACCGCCAAUAGAGAAAACAUGUAUCUCUUUAUCAGGCAGUCAUAAAAGAUGUGAUGAAACGAAUGAAAGGCAGACAAAGAGUUUCUGAAAUUGUAUGUGAUGGUAUGACUAUGUGCAAUACAGAUAAGAAAAACAAUAUAUUAUAGUUUUCUAAACACAACAAAUAUCCUUUUUUUACGUUUAAUAACUGAAAUACAAUAUGUACAAAUACAUAUUAUAUUGGUUUUAUAUAUUUUCAAUGUAGUUAGGCCUACAUGACCCAAUGCUGCUUAUUAUUUGUUAUUAAUAUUAUUAUUGACAUUAUCAUCAUUAUUUCAUGUUACCCUUGUUUCUCCUUUCUUUGUGUGUGUGUGUAGCGUGGAUGCAAUUGGCCGUAUGUUUGGGGUGGGAUAUUGCAAAGUGUGUGUCUUUGAAUGUGUGGUGUGUGUGUGCGUGUGUUAUCACGUGACGAUCAGUAUUGAAUAAAGAUGGAAACUCCUCGUAAA